AUGUCCGCUCGCGCCCCGGUGCCCGCGGCUCACUCUCGGGAAGAGUCUCCCGCCGCGGCGGCGGCGGCGGCUGCUGAGAAGGAGUCGCUGUCGCCCGGGCUGAGCCGGCAGACCGAGCCGCUGCCCCCGCCCGAACAGGAGGGCAAGCAGGCGGCGAAGGAGGAGAGGGCCGUCCCCGCCGCCGCCGCCGCCGCCGCCGCCGCCGCCACCGCCGCCGCCACCGCCACCAGCGCGGGGGCGCGGGGAGAGCCGUCGCCGGCGCCGGUGCUGGGCCACAGCGUGCCCCAGGCGGCCGUGCCCGUGAGGCCGCUGGCGCUGCACCUGGCGCACCGGGCGCGCGGGCCCGGGGGCCCCUUCGGCGGAGAGCCGCUGCCGCCGCCGCCGCCGCGGGACCCGCCGGCCGAGGACGCCCGGGAGGAGGCGGAGGCGACGGCCGGCUCCGAAGGAAAGCCGCCUCUGCCGCCGCCGCCGCCGCCGCCGCUGCCGAAGGAGAACCCUUGGACCAAGAAGCCGCCUCAGCACCUGUCCCCCACCGGGUCGGAGCCGCCGCCGCCCCCGCUGGAAUCCCUGGAAGCAGAGCUCAGUUCCCCAAAAAUCAUAAAAGCAGGAAAACUCAAGACAAAGAAAUCCAACAAGGCUAGUGAUUUCAGCGAUAUGGCGAAUUGGCCAACACCAAGUGAAUUAGUGAACACUGGAUGUCAGAGUGUCAUCAACCAAGGAAAUAAGAAACUUCAAAAUAAAAAAGAAAAAGAAGAUAAAGUUGAAAAGAGAAAUAGCAGUGAGAGCAAAGAAACCCGAGAAACAAAACUAGAUGGUCCUGGUGAAAAUAUCAGUGAGGAUGAAGCUCAGUCAAAUAAUCAACGAAGGAAAGCUAAUAAACACAAGUGGGUACCACUCCACUUAGAUGAUGUAAGACCAGAUAGUCAAGAAAGACCAGGAUCCCGGAACAGCACAAGGUGUCAACCUGAAACAAAUAAGUCAUCACAAAACAAUAGGAGAAAUGAUACACGAAGUUGGAGACGUGAUAGAGAAAAGAGAGAUGAUCAAGAUGAAGUUUCCAGUGUGAGAAGUGAAGGUGGUAAUAUCCGAGGUUCCGUAAGAGGCCGAGGAAGAGGCCGAGGACGGGGAAGAGGACGAGGCAGAGGAAAUUCUCGAUUGAACUUUGAUUACUCAUAUGCUUAUCGAGAACAUGGUGAAAGGACUGAUCAACCAUUUCAAACAGAACUUAAUACCAGUAUGAUGUAUUACUAUGAUGAUGGUACAGGUGUACAGGUAUAUCCUGUGGAAGAAGCAUUGCUCAAAGAGUAUAUUAAGCGCCAAAUUGAAUAUUACUUCAGUAUAGAAAAUUUGGAACGGGACUUCUUUCUUAGGAGAAAAAUGGAUGAGCAAGGUUUCUUGCCUAUUUCCCUGAUUGCUGGUUUCCACCGUGUUCAGGCUCUCACUACAAACCUUAAUCUCAUUUUAGAGGCACUGAAAGAUAGCACAGAAGUGGAAAUUGUGGAUGAGAAAAUGAGAAAAAAGAUAGAACCGGAAAAAUGGCCAAUUCCGGGCCCUCCUCCACGUAGGUUGCCACAAACAGACUUCUCUCAACUGAUUGACUGCCCAGAGUUUGUACCAGGUCAAGCCUUUUAUUCACAUGCAGAGUCUGCCCCCAAUUCUCCAAGAAUUGAAAGUCCACUGAACCCAAAGAAAAGUACUGAAACAAGUAAUCUCCAAGCAAUGACUAGAGUUUUGUCUACCAGUUUGCCUGACUUGGACUCAGAACCUUGGAUAGAAGAAAAAAAGAGACAUCGUUCAUCCCCAGUGAAACUGAAUGAAUCAGCAUCUCUAUCUGAAGAGGCAUCAAAUCAACCAUAUCCUCCAGAUGAACAAGAGCAAGAAGAACUUGAUUUUUUAUUUGAUGAAGAGAUGGAACAAGUAGAAAAACAAAAAAACACAUUUAUUGAUUGGUCUGAUAAUGAUUCAGAUUAUGAAAUAGAUGACCAGGAUUUAAACAAGAUUUUGAUUGUAACUCAGACACCACCUUAUAUGAGAAAACAUCCUGGAGGAGAUCGAACAAGCAACCACAUGUCUCAGGCAAAAAUUACAUCUGAACUUGCUAAAGUUAUCAACGAUGGCUUAUAUUAUUAUGAACAGGAUCUGUGGAUGGAAGAAAAUGAAAACACACACACAGCCAUAAAGCAAGAAGCUGAGAACUUUAAGAAGCUAAAUCUCAUUAGUAAAGAGCAGUUUGAAAACCUAACACCUGAACUUCCUUUUGAGCCAAACCAAGAAGUUCCUGUAGCACCUUCGCAGUCCAGGCAAGAAAUAUCUUCAACAACAGUCUGUUCACUGCCAACAGCAGUUCCAGAAUCUUCUAGAAUUUAUCCUGCAAGGACACCCAAAACACCCCGAACACCCAGGUUACAAGAUCCAAACAAAAUACCAAGAUUUUAUCCUGUGGUUAAAGAAUCAAAAGCCCUUGAUAUAAAGAGUCCAAGAAAGAGAAAAACAAGACAUAGUACAAAUCCCCCUCUGGAGUGUCAUGUUGGUUGGGUAAUGGACUCCAGAGAUCACGGGCCAACAACAGCCUCUGCCAGUUUGAAGGCUUUCCCCCCCUCCUCAAACAGCAGUUCAAAUGCUUCACCUUCAGAAGGUGCCCAACUCAUAGGAAGUUAUGGAUGUGCUCCUCACUCAUUCCCGAAGUUUCAGCAUCCUUCUCAUGAACUUUUGAAGGAAAAUGGCUUUACCCAACAAGUGUACCACAAGUAUCAUCGAAGAUGCCUUAGUGACCGAAAGCGCUUGGGAGUUGGCCAGUCUCAAGAAAUGAAUACUCUCUUUCGUUUCUGGUCUUUUUUCCUCAGAGACCACUUCAAUAAAAAAAUGUACGAGGAAUUUAAACAACUUGCUUGGGAAGAUGCAAAAGAAAAUUACAGGUAUGGAUUAGAAUGUCUUUUCAGGUUUUAUAGUUACGGACUGGAAAAAAAAUUCAGACAAGAAAUUUUUAAGGAUUUCCAAGAAGAAACCAAAAAAGACUACGAAUCUGGUCAGUUGUAUGGAUUAGAAAAAUUUUGGGCUUAUCUAAAAUAUUCUCAAUCUAAGACACAGUCCGUUGACCCAAAACUUCAGGAAUACCUCUGUAGCUUUAAGAGGUUAGAAGACUUCCGUGUUGAUCCCCCUAUUAGUGAGGAAUUUGGAAGAAAAAGACAUUCAUCUACUGGUUCAGAGAGUGAUCAUCAUAGACUCCCAUCUCAUUCCUCCACAAAGUCACCAAAUGCUGCUAAGCCUGCAUCUGCCAGUCAACUUCAGAUUCCAAUAAAUUCUCCCAGAAGGAAUAUGUCACAGGACUCCAGUGACAAUUCACACCAGAACAGUGCUGCCUCAGUCUCCACAAAUGGUGAAAUGUCUGAGAAGUAG